ACCACCACUACCUGCGCAACCCCCUUUCCUUUCAUAAUAUAUUUGAGCGCUAUUACGGAGAACGCCUUGCGAUUUAGAUCCCGAACAUGGCUUCAGGAUACGAUAGAGCACUCUCAGUUUUCAGUCCCGACGGACAUGUCUUCCAGGUCGAAUAUGCGGGUGAGGCCGUCAAGAGAGGUACCUGCGCGGUGGGCGUCAAGGGCAAGGACGUGGUAGUGCUGGGAUGCGAGAAGCGAUCGGCUAUGAAGCUGCAGGACACGCGGAUUACGCCCUCCAAGAUCGGCCUGAUCGAUACCCACGUAUGCCUCGCCUUUGCCGGCCUCAACGCAGACGCCCGCAUCCUGGUCGACAAGGCCCGGUUAGAAGCCCAGUCGCACCGCCUCAACCUCGAGGAUCCCGUCACCAUCGAGUACAUCACCAAGUACGUUGCCGGCGUGCAGCAACGGUAUACCCAGAGCGGUGGUGUGCGACCGUUUGGCAUCAGCACCCUCAUCGUCGGCUUCGACAAAGGCAGCGAGCAGCCCAGGCUGUACCAGACGGAGCCCUCGGGCAUCUACUCUGCAUGGAAAGCCAACGCCAUCGGCCGGUCGAGUAAGACUGUUCGCGAGUUCCUGGAGCGCAACUACAAGGAGGACAUGGACCGCGAGGCGACGGUGCGGCUGGCGGUAAAGUCGCUGCUGGAGGUGGUGCAGACGGGCGCCAAGAACAUCGAGAUUGCCAUCAUGGCGCCCGGCAAGGCGGUCGAGAUGCUCCCCGUCGAUGACAUUGAGAACUACGUCAAGAACAUUGAGCAGGAGAAGCAGGAGGAGGCGGCCAAGAAGAAGACGGGCAGGACACCCGGGACAGGCAGCGCUGCCAUCCUGACCCGGACUGCCCAGGACGAGCCUGGUGACCACUAGAGCGGACCAGAACCGGAGCUGGGAGGAUGGCAUCUGGCGGUGAGGUAGAGGGCAGCUUUUCUGUAAGAAUAUACCACGAAUGCAGUCACGGCGAAGCAACAUGCUCUCGAUCCCGUCUUUCCAUACUCGUUCCCGCUCUUUUGGGUAUCUCUCGUCUAAGUAAACCUCACCAAUAAUACGCCCGCUUAAAUCAUUACCCCUUUUCUAUUCCCUUUCUCCUUUCUCCUCAUUCCAAGGGG